AUGUACUCGCUCGGACCUUGGCUCGUCGGAAUGUGUCUGGAUUUAUUUCUUCAAGGAAUAUUAACGUCCCAGUUCUUCAACUACUAUGCGUGGUACGGCAAAUCCGACACCUGGAAGUUUACAACUGCAGUCGGCGUUCUUGCGGUUAUGACUACCCUUAAGACUAUACAGCUGACUACCCAUGGCAGCGCGAUUGUUUGGAUACAAGAUAUAGUGUACUUCAACGAUCUCGACAGCGCUCUGCAAAUGAGGUUCUACGUCUGGUAUCAGAUGGGUAAUGCCAUAAUGGUGGCGUUUAUCGCCUUCUACGUGCAAUGCUACUUCUGUUAUCGUCUCUGGGCCGUUUCUUCACGGUAUUGGGUUGUAUCGCCGAUUCUCUUCCUCUACGUCUUUUCUUUGGGAACGGCUGCUGCUGCAACGUAUUAUAUUGUACUCGCCGAUCCUCGAUUAGGACAUUGGUUAUCCGUUCAUUAUGCCACUGAGUUCGUAGGUGACGUGUUACUGGCAGUUACCAUGGCAUAUUUCCUUCUACGCACAAAGAAACGCGUCCUACCUCAAACGAAGAACUUGCUUGAUUCAUUGGUCCGCCUAACAUUUCAGACGGCCACGCCGGCUGUCAUAGUCGCGUUACUCAACCUGAUAUUCAUCUUUCUCCCUGACCCUUACGUGAGGGGCAUUUCUAGCGCUUUCAUCCAACCCCUCCCGAAGCUCUAUGCGAUCAGUAUGAUGUGGACUUUGAAUGCAAGGAGAGAUAUACGGAUAGCUUCCUCCAGUCUGAGUAUUUAUACCAGCCGGAAUUAUGCGCAGGACUUGCCCAGUCCAACAUUUCCUAGAUCCCCUAGGUUUACCCAUGAAAUACCCAUGAACAGCUUCCAGGUAUUGAAUGUCGUUGUCUAUGUCAUAACCAUCCGCUGA